AUGUCUCAGCUCGAGAUCCUCACGGCCCGCAGCGCCCUCGAGUUCGAUUUCGACGUGAUCUCAUGCUCGCCGACGCACUCGAGCUCGCUCUCGCGCUCCUGCAAGGACAAGUUUGCGAACGCCCUUGUCAGCGGCCUGCUCUCGUCGCCCACCCACUCUGCCCAGGGUCAUGACAAGGUUGGCACCCCCGACUCGGACCGGGUGCCCGACAACGACGUCACGAUCCCUGGCUUACCUCCGCUCCUCCGUGGACACCCGGACGUCCACCUUAGGAACGGCGUGAUAAACGCUACCCAGCUGGCCGCCGAGGGAGAGACAGAUGGGGAGAAGGCGUUCUUUGUCGCUGAUCUGAGCUACGUGCUCAGGCAGCAUGAGAGAUGGAAGGCUAACCUCCCGGAGAUUCAGCCGUUUUAUGCUAUCAAGUGCAACCCCGACCCCUACGUCCUCCGUCUUCUCGCCGCGCUCGGUACCGGGUUCGAUUGCGCGUCCAUGGGAGAGAUCUCGCAAGUGACAGGCCUGGGUGUGGACCCGUCCCGUAUCAUCUUUGCGAACCCGUGCAAGGCGGUGUCGUUCGUCCGGAACUCGGCCAAGGCGGGCGUCGAGAUGAUGACGUUCGACAACACAGACGAGCUGUACAAGGUCGCGCGCGCCCAUCCCGGUGCCAAACUUGUCGUGCGCAUCCUCACGGACGACUCGAAGAGCCUGUGCAAGCUCGGGCUCAAGUUCGGCGCCCCGCUCGUCACCGUGCCGGCACUGCUGGCGAAGGCGAAGGAGCUAAACCUGGACGUCAUCGGCGUGAGCUUCCAUGUGGGAAGUGGAUGCUACGAUUCGUCCGCGUUUGCAGACGCCGUGCAGCGCGCCCGGGCUGCCUUUGACAUGGGUAAGGAAGCCGGGUAUGACUUUACCCUCCUCGACGUUGGUGGCGGUUUCGAGGAUGGCAGCUUCGAGGCCACGGCUUCCAUUCUUAGAGAUGCGAUCAGUGAGCACUUCCCGGACAGGGAGCAUAUCAAAAUAAUUGCCGAGCCUGGGAGAUACUACGUCUCGAAGGCGUUCAGCCUGGCGGUGAACGUGAUCGCCCGGCGCGCGCCUCCUGCGGUGGAAGACGGAGCGCAGGACAUGGAGGUGGACCCUGAGCAGCCCUCGGCGAUGUACUAUAUCAACGACGGCGUCUACGGGUCAUUCAAUUGCGUUCUCUUCGACCACCAAGCUCCGCAACCAUACGUGCUCUCCCUGAAUGGCUCCUUCCAUGUGCCUUCCUCCGAGCCCUUGCAGGGGAGCAGCGUGUGGGGCCCGACGUGCGACUCCAUCGACUGCGUGUGCCCGAUGGCGCGUCUGCCGGGCUCCCUGCGCAUCGGGGACUGGCUGGGCUUUGACAACAUGGGCGCGUACACGAUCUGCGCGGCGAGCCAGUUCAACGGGUUCCAGGUCAGCAAGGUGCUCUACACCGCCGGGGGCGGCGCGGAUGCGGUGGCGGUCCGAAACGCGCUCCGGGGGCUUGAAGGCUAG